UUCCUCAGUGUGGAGGCUGCCAGGCGGCGGCGUCCUCUGCCUGUGGGGAUGGCUUUACAAGGAGCAUCUGCAGUGCUGGGACCCCAUGUGGCCACGGACCCAGGAGCCUCGUCUGCUUUCAUGGCACGGCCCUUCCCCGCACCCACUGCCGGCGCCCCUCACCGGCCACUGUGGGGGCAGCACCCGCCGCCCCUCAUGACCCCGCCAUUCCCUCGUGGCCCCCUGGUGCUGCCAGCUUUCUCCAGGACUCCGCUGGUGGCAGGAGAGGCUGGCCUCGGCCCCAAUGGGACUGGGACCUGCAAUGUCAUUGUGCAGGUCCGGUCAGAACAGGGGUGCUCAGACCCCCAGACUCAGACCAUCGUCCUCACUCAGGCCCCCCUCAGCUGGAGUGCUCCAGGGGCCCUCUGUGGGGGUGCUGCGUGUCCCGCACCCCUCUUCGUGACAGCCUCUGCGGUGGAGACCAGCAUGCCUGCCUCGGCCCAUGGGGGCUCCCAGGCUGGCAAGGGAGGCUCGGCCCCAAGCCUUCCACCUCCGGCUCAGCCCCCAGCCGCGCAGCUGACCACCGUCGUGCCCCCAGUCGACGCCAGGCCACAGCCUCACGGAGCUUCCAGGAGCCGGACCACGGCCUCGCCCGAGGACUCCUGUAACCCCAAGAGUGUUUACGAGAACUUCCGGCGCUGGCAGCGCUUCAAGUCGCUGGCCCGGAGGCACCUCCCGCAGAGCCCCGACGCAGAAGCUCUCUCCUGCUUUCUCAUCCCGGUGCUGCGGUCCCUGGCGCGCCUGAAGCCCACGAUGACGCUGGAAGAGGGAGUGUGGCGGGCCGUGCAGGAGUGGCAGAGCAGAAGCAACUUUGACCGCUUGAUCUACUACGAGAUGGCGGGAAAGUUCAUGGAGUUCGAGAUGGAGGAGGAGAUGCAGAUGCAGAAGUUACAGUGGGUGAAGGUGGCCCAGGGCCUGCCUCCCCCAGCGCCCCCGAAGCCUGAACGGCGGGGGCCCCCAGCCGCGGAAGCGGGCCCGCAGCCAGCGUGCGUUCCCAGGAAGGCGGGUUCCAGGGCCCAGCCCUCCCGCCAGCAGCCACGCAGACCCCCGCGGCGCCCGGAGAGCAAGGCGCAGGAGAUCCCUCCAGAGGCUGUGAGAGAGUACGUGGACAUCAUGGAGGGGCUGCUGGGGCCUGGCCACUCGGCCCCGGGGGGCCCGGCAGGUGAAUGCGGAGAGGAUGGAAAGGAGCCACAGCAGAAUGAGGCCGCGACCUACCCGGACCCGGGUCUCCUGAGCUACAUUGACGAGCUGUGUUCCCAGGAAGACUUCGUCACCAAGGUGGAGGCAGUCAUCCACCCCUGCUUCCUGGCGGAACUGCUGUCCUCGGAACCACAGCUGGACCUCCUGGCCCUGGCUGAGAAACUGGAGCAGGAGGAAGGACUCAGCCUUGCAGAGCUGGUGGAGAAACGACUGAUGGCCUUGAAUACGGAGGAGGGUGUGCAGGCACCCCCACGCCUCUGCGCAGCCCGGUCGGGCCCCACGCCUGAGCACGAGACCGGUCCCGGGAAGGGGCUGGGGGUCAGCGACAAAGCCUGCCCAGCAGACACUGACGGCCAGGACCUUCAGAGGCACGGCCGAGCACAGACACACCUGUCGGGGCCCAGAGCCUUUGCUCUCUCUCCCGGACGACAGGAGUCCCCUGCACCUCGAGCUGGACGUGUCCCCUCCCCUCCCCAGGGUCAAAGGUGCGCCUACCCUGGACUGGGCCCCAGGGAUGCCCCGGUUCUCAGAGAGGCCCCUCCUGCUAGGGACACUCGAGGGCUGGCAGAUGGGUCCAGUGAGGACGAGGAGGAGCUCCCCAGCCUGGCCUUCCUCCUGGCCUCAUCAGCACAGCCUGCUGCCCUGGGGGCUCUCCCAGAGUCCCGCUCCUGCCUCAGUCAUCCCCAGCCCUGGCGGUUGGGGGCCACGGGGGGCUCCACGGGCCCCCUCUCCUCAGAGAAUAGGCCUCGGCCCGGCCACCCCCCCAGCUACAAAGUCCAGGAAGCGGGCUCUGUACCCUCCAAGCCCCACCUGCGCUCCACUCCCCUCGUGGCCCCGCACCAUCACACCUGCAACCACUACGGCUCCUCCCCGCGGACCCGCCCCCAGGGCCUCCCGCCCACCGCACCAGGCCCCAAGGACCACUACAGCGGGCAGCUGAAGGGGAACCCACAGGCCGCCCAGGACACCAGACCCUCGGGCCCCUGUACCGGCCACCAAAUCCCAGGAACCGACCUCACCCUACAAGGUCAGGGUGCAAACAACCCGCCCGAGGGACCGCGCGACGCACCUCAGCGUAAAGCCAAAGCCGCAGAAAGCGACGGCCAUGCCUCCAGUCCCCGCGGGCCACACCUCAAGGGCGCACACAACGCGAAGCAAGAACGCCACAGACCGCGGGCCGCCACCCCUGCACGCCGGGGAGCGCGCGCCCUCAUCUUCAAGCCUACCUCACGCAAGCACGAGGCGGCCACGCACGGCCCCGCCCUCAGCCAGAGGACAGUUAGGGACCCCCCGCCCCCGAGCCCGCGCAGGCGCGCUUUCUCCGGCGGGCAGCCUCAACGGACGCCGGGAGCUGUUGCAGGGGAGGGUCCGGGAGACUUCAGCCCCGCCCCUGGGGAGGUGUGCGCGGGCGCGGGCGCGGGCGCGGGCGCGCGCGGGGCAAGUCCAAACGGGCCCUGA